UUUCCCUCAAUCUCCCACUCUAUCUACCCUGCUCAUGAAAACUUGUUGCAGACUAUACAUUUUCUCCCUGACACCAGGAAACAUUUUGGGAUAGGCCUACUUUGGAGAGUUCUCAGUUGUCAUAAAAAGGAUUAUUUUUCUUCUGGUUGGAUUUUUGGAAGGGCUUUACUAUAGGUCCCAGUCGUGGAGUUAACUUUCCGGGACAGUUUGUUUCACUUCGUGAGACUCCAGCGAUGGUGCGAGGACAGCGGCUAGACGGAGGGACUCUCCACGCACCCCUCUGACAUCCCUCACCGGUUAUUUAGGGACUCCGUCAGGAUGUGUGUGUGAGGGCUGACGGUGUGGGUCCAGCCAUGGAGCCAGAGUUGAACUGCAGCUCUCACUGUGACUCCGGACUCUGCCUCAUCCACCCUGGAGUCAAUACACAGGAGGACCUGGAGAUACUGCAGAGACUAUGUACCCUCAGCACGUGUAGGAAGAUCUGCUCCUUUAAGAGAUGGAGAAGAAAGCUCAAAGUCUUUCAAUAUGGUGUUGGGAGGAGCCUGUUGCUGAAAUGAAACUAAACAGCAGAGCUGAAUGUUGAGGACCUGAAGACAUUUCCUCCUUAUACAUUUCUCUGAACACUUGCCAGUCCCCUGAACUCAGUCUUACUUUGGGAUUCAAGAGAAAAAGAAGAUAAUUCAACAAUACACAUCAUCUCAGGCAUGGCGUCAGCUAACAAUCCACAGUCUGAAAGGCAGUUAAUAUGCAGUAUCUGUGAGGAGGUGCUCAAGAAACCAGUCACAACCCCAUGUGGGCACAACUUCUGCAUGGAUUGUAUCAGAGAAUACUGGAAAAACAAUGUCCUGUGCCAGUGUCCACAGUGCAAGGAGAAAUUCCCUAACAUAUCUGAGCUAAAAGUCAAUACUCAAUUAUCUAAAAUGGUUGAUGAGUUCUGGAAUCCAUUUGUGGUAAACACCACAAGCCCCCGGGACCAAUGCCUGGACCAUCCUAGAGAGGUGUCCCAUGAUAUCUGUGUUGGGAGGGAGAUCAAGGCUGUGAAUUCUUCUUUUGAGGCCUCUUACUGUGAGACUCCCCUGGAGCCCAAUCAGAGAGUCGCAACCUUGAGGAGACAACAGCAUGUAGAGAAUCCUGAAGAACAUAUGUGUGAGAGGCAUGGGAGAUGUCUGGAGUUCAAGACCGACUACAAUAUCCACAACACUGUCGCUCUUGAAGUGGAAACCAGAAAGAAUAAUGUACAGUUAGGAAAGGCUGAAGUGCAGCAGAUGAUUCAGGGCAGACAGCAGAAAAUGAUUGAGAUCAGAAAUAGAAUACAAUCUAGCGGAAUAAAUGCAGAGCAAGAGGUAGAGAACAGUUGUCAGACCUUUAGAGCUUUAAUGCGCUCCAUUGAAAGAAGCCAGGCUGAACUCAAUGAGGUGAUUUCAGAAAAGCAAAAGGAAACCAAAAGGCUGGCUGAAGGGCUCAUUAAAGAGCUGGAGCAGGAAAUCACUGACCUAAAACUCCUCCAGAGCUCACCAUCCCUGUGCACCUCUCCACCCACCAAGGACUGGUCUGAGAUCAGGGUUCAGAGUGUUGAGAAUGUCGGCAUGGUGAGGAAAGCUGUGAAGAGAGCUGGCUCUCAGUUUGAAGAUGCACUGAAGAGUGAAAUGAAGAGGUUGUGUGAGGCUGAGCUCAAGGUUAUUCAGCAGUGGUCAGUGGAUGUAACUCUGAACCCUGAUACAGCUCAUCCCAAUCUCACUCUCUCUGAAGAUGUGAAACAACUUAGACAUCCCGGUAGACGACAGAACUACCCUGGCAAUCCAGAGAGGUUCUUCUAUAUUGCCAGCGUCCUGGGAAAGGAGGGCUUCUCCUCAGGAAGAUUCUACUACGAGGUGCAGGUGAAGGGAAAUAGUCUCUGGAGUGUAGGAGUGGCCAGAGCGUCCAUUAAAAGAACGAUUCAUGCAGCAAAGCCUGAGAAUGGACUCUGGACUAUCCAGCUGGGGAAAGGGAAUGUCUACAGGGCCUGCACCACUGACCCUACCCCCCUCUCCCUGAGUGAGAAGCCCCAGAAGGUGGGGGUCUAUGUGGACUAUGAAGAUGGUGAGGUCUCCUUUUACAAUGCCCAGGCCAGGUCUCAUAUCUACUCGUUUACCGAUUGUUCCUUCACUGAGAAACUUUACCCGUACUUCAACCUUGGGGUUUGUGGCAUUGACAAAAUGUCAGCACCGUUGAUCAUCUCUCAUGUGAGCCAAUCAGAUUGAGAUUUAACUCGUAUCGAUUACAUUCUAAAGAAAACUGAACAUUCCAUGCAUUGAUUUAUAUUGAAUAUUUAGAGAGGUAUAUAUUGUAUCUUACCAGGAAAUCUAGAAUCACAUUUGCUGGGCUUUAUUGUGAUGUCCAUUACGAUUGUAUGAUGACAUACUGAAAAUGCAGCUCAUUACUAAUCCUGCCCCACUAUGUCUCUGUAUCUAAUUUAUGUGGAAAUAUUAAAUUGAAUCCUCUUUGCAUUGAACUGAUCUGAAAUGUACAUACUUUUUUCAAUGGUUUUGUUAUUUGGGCAGGUCCUCAGUAAAUCUUCUGGGCUACAGCACAAUAAAAGCUUUGUGAACUCCUACAUAAUAUGAACAGGAAGUGUGAAUGUAUUAGAUACAUGGCAACCAUAAUACAUGGUUCAGCUGAGAGAGUCCUGUCAUGUUACGGGUUAAUUCAGCCAUGUACUGUACCUUUAAGAGCAGCUGCAUUUCAGCUUAGCAGUAAGGGACCAGGACAAGCCAUGGUAAUGUCACCUUCUAAAAUGAGACUAAACUAGAGAACUUUGUGCUUUAGCAUGACCAAAUUCCCUCACAAAUCUCUCUACACAGCCUAGUAGAGUACAAAAUAUAUCGUCUUUGACAUUGCUGUUCUUCUGAAUACAGAGGUGAGUGGAGGUUCUUUCAUUUGUGCUGUGUUGUCUGUUGUGUUAGGUUGUUUAUUCAAGUUUCAACACCUGUCCCUCCCAGCCCAGUUAUAAAUAUAAUCAAGGGGAAGAAUACAGUUAUAUAUAUAUAUUUUAAAAUUGUAUUACAUUACAUUUAAUGUGUAUACAGUAGGCUGGAUUUAGAGACAGAUUGAAUUUGACAGGUGAGGAUGUCGUCACUGUCCCUUUUAAUUUCUUUAUCUGUUAGGCUGUAUUAGACUUCUCAGCACAUGUUAAUAAAUGCAUAUUUCUGAAUUAAAUAUAAAAUCAUAUGAUUGGUACCAUUGGUUACAUGUAUUGAGAAAGCUAUUUGGGUGUGCUGUAACUGCACAGAGCGUGGUGGUCUACUGUAAGCUAGAAAAAAACAUUCCAGUAAAAGAAUUCCAAGGUCGAGAGCCAACUGAUUCCAUGAAGUCCCAUGUGGUUUAUUUUUGGAUCUCUUCCCAGACAUGGCUUCCGUCAGCAGCCUGCUGUCCGAGGAGCAGUUCCUGUGCCCCAUCUGUCUAGAUGUGUUCACCAGCCCAAUCACCACCCCGUGUGGACACAACUUCUGCAAGGACUGCAUACAUGGCUACUGGCAUAUCACCAGCCCGUGCCAGUGUCCCAUGUGUAAGCAGAAAUUCAGCAGAAGACCUGAGCUCAAAGUCAAUACUUUCAUAGCUGAGAUGGCUGAUCAGUUCAGAAGGUCAGUUGAAAUUAGGGCUACUGCUACUAGUACACAGGACCAAACCCAAGCAGCCCAACCUGGAGAAGUGCCCUGUGACGUCUGCACUGGGAGGAAAAUCAAGGCCUUGAAGUCCUGCCUGGAGUGUCUGGCCUCUUACUGUGAGACUCACCUAGAUCCUCACCAUAUACUGGCCACCUUCAAGAAACACAAUCUGAUUGAGCCUGUGAUUAACAUAGAGGACAGAGUGUGUAAGCGGCACCAGAAAAUUCUGGAGCUGUUCUGUAGAAGUGACCAGACGUACAUGUGUCAGGUUUGCACUGAGAAAAGACAUAAGAAACACAAUGUUGUCCCUUUGGAGGAAGAAAGCAGAGAGAGGAGGGCUCAGCUGGGGAAUAUGGAAGAUGUAAUGCAGCAGAUGAUUCAGGGUCGACUGCAGAAAGUGAAGGAGAUCAAACACACAGUACAAUCAGGCAAAAUAAAUGCAGAGAGAGAGAUUAGGGAGAGCUUGCAGAUCUUCACUGCUCUGGUGCGCUCCAUUCAGAGAAGCCAGGCUGAGCUCAUUGAGGUGAUUGAAGAGAAGCAGAAAGCAGCAGAGAGGCGGGCUGAAGGGCUCAUUAAAGAGCUGGAGCAGGAAAUCACAGAGCUAAAGAGGAGAAGCACUGGGGUGAAGCAGCUCUCACUCACUGAGGACCACCUCCACCUCAUCCAUAGCUUCCCAUCCCUGUGCACCCCUCCACCUGCCAAGGACUGGUCCGAAAUCAGAGUUCAAAGUGUUGUGUACGUAGGAACAGUGAGGAGAGCUGUGAGGAGAGCUGGAUCCCAGUUUGAGGAGACACUGAAGAAUGAAGUGAAAAGAUUAUGUGAAACAGAACUUACAAGAACUCAGCAGUGUGCUGUGGAUGUGACGCUCGACCCUGAUACAGCUCACCCUAAACUUAUCCUCUCUGACAACGGUAAACAAGUGGCCCACGGCAAUACAGCGCUGAAUCUCCCUGACAACCCCGAGAGGUUUUACCCUGGUAUCAGUGUCCUGGGGAGGGAGGGCUUCUCCUCAGGGAGGUUCUACUACGAAGUGCAGGUGAAGGGGAAGACAGAGUGGGACAUAGGAGUGGGAAGAGAGUCUGUCAACAAGAAAGGAGGGAAUACCCUAAACCCUGUACAUGGCUACUGGACAGUAGGCCUGAGGAACAGGACUGAGUACUGGGCUCUGACGACCCCUCCUGUCCCGCUGCCACUGGUCGAUAAGCCCCAGAGGGUGGGGGUGUACGUGGACUGGGAAGAGGGGCAGGUGUCCUUUUACGAUGUGGAUUCCAGAUCUCAUAUCUACUCGUUCACCGGUUAUAUCUUCACAGAGAGACUCUAUGCAUACUUCAACCCCCGAAAGAAUAACGGCGGGGUCAACUCAGCGCCAUUGGUGAUCUCGCCUGUCAGUGACGUUACCUCCUCACCUUAACCUUUCACAUAUCACCUCUUCUUAGAAUAGGACACUGAGUGUUGUGUCAGCUUUAUUUGUUAAAGAAGCUUGUGACAAAAUAUAUUUUCUCUAUCUCUUGUAUUGUGUGGUUGAUUUAAUAAAGAUGUAAUUAAUAUUA